GUUAGCAUAUACAAAUUCACAAACAAUCAUGAUGAUAUUGAAAACCAAUCCAUUCUCUGUAGUAGUAGUGAUACUACUUGCUAUAGGAUCAUCAAGAUGGUGUCUGGCAGAUCUAGAUCCGCCGCAAUGCGGAAUUCAAGCUGGUGGUGCAUUGUGCCGUGAUCAGUUAUGUUGCAGUGCAUGGGGUUUUUGUGGAUCAACCCCAAUCUACUGCGGCGAUGGUUGCCAGAGUCAAUGUCCCGGAACCAGCCCUCCUCUUGCUCCUCCUUUAUUACCUCCAUCUUUUCGUCCUCCUCCUCCUCCACCACCUCCUUCUCCUCCUCCACCACCUCCACCACCACCUCCAUCUCCUAUAGAAGAGUAUCUCAUCUCCAGAAAAGAUUUCAACGAGAUGCUCAAGAAUCGGGACGAUAAUAGAUGCGAGGGGAGAGGAUUUUACACAUAUGAAGCAUUCGUGGAAGCUGCCAAGACAUUCCCCAAGUUCGGUAAUGAAGGAAACAGUGAAGAUGAUAAAAAAAGAGACAUUGCUGCUUUCUUUGGUCAAAGUUCUCACGAAACGAGCGGUAGACCAAGGGAAUUUCUAGGACCAUUUGAAUGGGGAUAUUGUAAUGUGACGCAAAGAAAUCCGAGCAACAACUACUGCGAACCAAGCUCUGAAUUCCCAUGUGCUCCCGGAAAGAAUUACUACGGUAGGGGUCCAUUUCACCUACGCGGGAAUGAAUUAUACGGAAAAUGUGGAAAAGCCAUAGGUGUUGAUUUGCUGAAUAAUCCAGAACUUGUAGCCACUGACCCUGUUAUAUCCUUCAAGUCCGCUAUAUGGUUUUGGAUGACACCUCCUCCGCAGUUCAACCGUGAGUAUCUGCCACCCGGGCACGAUGUUAUGGUGGGAAUAUGGGUCCCAGCUAGUUAUGAUAUUGAAGAACGGAGGUUUCCAGGAUAUGGGAUGACGUCGUACGUGUUGGCGGCCGUUAUUAGAUCAUCCGGCAUCUGUGGAUGGAAGAUCGGAACUGUAGAUGAGAGUAAUCGCGUUGGAUAUUAUAUGAGAUAUUGUGAUAUACUUGGAGUUGAAUACGGAGAUAAUCUUCGCUGUUUUAAUUAUACGACACCGGGAAUCCCCCGAGCUUAUGGUUCUUCCUAUUACUUUUAAAAUAUGAAUCCAAAUAUUAUUUGGGUUACAAACCUAUAAUAACUACUACUUGGAUGUGGUAAGUGUGUAUCAUAUAUCACAUUUCUAUCAUUUAGAUGUGGUAAGUGUGUAUGUUAAGUACCAUAUGUGGUAAGUGUGUAUGUUGUAUGUUAAGUAAGAUAUGUGGUAAGUGUGUAUCACAUUCCAAUAAAUAUGUUACUACUUUAUGAUUUUCUUAUAAA